AUGCGAGUCUGUCCACCAGUUUGCGAAUGGUUCAGGGGUUGCCCAAACCAAGCCCUUAUAUACUAUGCCUUCUCCGAUAAAUGGCUAUGUUGUUGUUGCAUUGGAUACACGCGGAUCGGGAUUCCGCUUUGCGCAGAAGAUGGCUGGAGACGCGGCACUUGUGUCGACACCGAGGGGCAAAACUGGUUCUGUGAUUCGCAUGCAAAUCGAUGCGAUGCCAUUAUAGAGAGAACACCAGGUCGCUGUACGGGGAAUCCGCAUCGCUGCAUGCGUGUUGGAACCUUGUAUCAAGACAACUACGAUGGCCAAUACUUCUGUAUCGGACACAUGCCAGAUUACCAAGGACCGCUCCGUAGCGAGCCGGCCAACCCACCACAACGACCUACAUUACCGCCAAUAGGACGUUCGAUGGUCUCGCAGAUUUCCAUACCUACGCCAAAUCUUUCAGACAUACAGUCAAGAACUUCAAUACCGCUGCCACCAUCGCAUGCAUCAUACCAGUCCCGAACAGUAACAACUAGGCGCAGACAGGCUCUUGGUACGAAUCGAAGCCAAGAUGUAUCCGCUUCUAAUGUCCUUGUACCCCAUGCUACACUCCCGAGAGUGGUCUCUCGACAUUCGAACCGUACUCCAUCCAUCGCCACACAGCCUCAAGGUCUUGUUGCACGUAUCGCAAGCGCUAUCUCGUCCCUGUCUGCGAUUCUUUUGUCUUCCGAAAACGCUUUGCCUCCAUCUCUCACUGGCAUCGUCCCUACAGAUCCAGACACUCCAGCAGUGGCGCCAGCAGCACCGCACUCAACAUUCCGAGUCGACUUGAACGUCUUCUCAACUGUUGUAGAUACUGAAUGUUGCAUAUGUUUGGAACCGCAAAGGAGUAUGCGUCGUCUCAUCACUUGUAGUCAUAUGUUCUGCGAAGAGUGUUUGUCGAAGCAGGUCAACGGGCCGUAUGCGAGGGCCCACGAUUGCCCGCUUUGCCGGAAAAAUAUAUUCGAAGGCACGGAAUGGGAGACGUACUGA